ACCCCUCCCUCUGUGAUCCCCGUUUCUCUUAUCCAACCAAGAACAUAUAGGAAGAACCCCUAAAAAAGCUAAACACUCUAUUUUGUAUCUCUCUUUUUCUAUCUAGAAAUUGAAGAUGUUAUCCAUGGCAGCAAGUAUCAAUACAUCUGUUGUAACACAUUCUUCAUUACCUCUGCAAAAACCCCUCUUUAAACCCUUUAAAUCUUCAAUCUCAAUCAACCCCAAAAUCAAUUCUUUCCAUUUCUCUACCUUAAAGCUUGAUGGUUCUAGAGAAACUAAAUUUUCUUCAUCAGCAUCUGCAGCUGAAGCCGUUGUGGAAGAAGAAGCAUCGUCAACCGAAGAAGAAGAAGUGCCAGAAGACACAGAUGAUGAAUCCCAGAAACUUGGUGUGGUAGUGAAGGCAUUUGAGAAGCCAAGACUAGUACUGAAGUUUGUUUGGUUGGAGAAGAAUAUUGGAUUAGCACUUGAUCAAGUGAUACCUGGUCAUGGUACAAUUCCAUUGAGUCCUUAUUAUUUUUGGCCAAGGAAAGAUGCUUGGGAAGAACUGAAAUCAAUGCUUGAAAGUAAACCAUGGAUAUCGCAGAAAAGGAUGAUUAUUUUACUUAAUCAAGCUACUGAUAUUAUCAAUUUGUGGCAGCAAAGUGGUGGGAAUUUGUCAUAGAAAUGCUACAUUUUCAUCUUUUUGUUAAAUCCUAAUGCUUGUUCUUGUUGUAAACUGCUGUCUUUUGGAUGCUUAUUUGUAUCUUUAGUUUUUCUUGAAAUAUUUAGGUGAAUCAUAUUCAUCUCCUCUAUGCUGUUUUAUUUGUUGCUUAUUUGCUUGAGAACAAUUAAGCUGGUGUAGAGGGCAGGUUUAAAAGAACCCUUGUUUCCUUUUCAUUGUGUUUUCAUAGUUUAAAUCAAUGGAAUAUCAGUGCAUUUCCUUUUA